CCUUGUUCAGGUUGAAUGUGCUAAAAAGUUAUCGGUGCUAAUUUCGGCGUCGCAUUUACCGCAAGAAGCACAUUGGCAAUUUUGCAGUCAAAGUGAACGUAUUAUGGCGCUGUGCUGUUGAUUAAAGAACGGUAAAUGAAAGAUACUACUGGUCUCAAAUCGCUCUCCAGUGCUGGGCGCAAUAGCAAGAGCGAGCAACGGUUGGAACGCAAGAAACGAAAAAUUCUUGCGUUGGCUGAAAUGAUGCAGCUGAAUGAGCAAAAUCGUACCCAACCAUCAUCCGCCAUUGCUAAGCCGCCCGAGAAUCAAGCCGACAGUUUGGAUCCGACAGUGGUUGUGAACGGAAGUAAACAGGAGGAACCAGAUGAGAAAAAGCUUAAACUAGCGGACAUUGAUUAUCGCACUCUGAAGGUAAACGUGAACAAGAAACGAGAUAGGAUGAGGAACGUACCGAAGUUACGAUUGAAGGAGAUCGGUGAAGAAGCUUUAUUGAAGACGAAGCCGGAGGAUCGCGUCCCGUUGAUUCUAGAUGACAUUCAAGCGCUACUGAUGCAGAUUAUGCUUCGAGCCGAUUCUCCCAUGAGUGCUAGUCGUUGGGUGGUGUUAGAAAAGUCUGCCAAGCUGACUCAUACGACGGUGCUUUUCGUUGAAGGACUAAAUGCAGAUGAUUUUGUCACGUACGAAUCAAGUUUCAAAGAGUGUAGGAAAAUUUUCCACAAUCCGCUAGAGGUGGUUACUCCUAGCGAUCGCAUAGUGGAUGAGCUGGCGUGCAUACCGCUUAGUGACACUCACAAGGAUAUACUGCUGGCGGAGUAUGGGUCUUUGGAGGCGGCCAUGUUGUCGUGCAAGGAUCACCUGUUGAUUAGGAAGAGUAUUUUCAACAACAUUGACAGCAUUACGGAUGACUCGAGUGAAGACUGUAUCGAUAUCGAUCUACCUCCGGGUGAUAGAUUUCCACGGACACAGCUUUUGUUGUCGCCGGUUCAGAUGAUCAAUGAAGAUUACCCACUACCACUCACAGGAAGCCUGAAACAUCGCUACGCGGGCUACAUCACCACGAACGACCACUACGCACCCGUUACUCCCCGAUCCCCCAUGUUCGCGCUGGAUUGUGAGAUGUGCAAAACUAGCAUCGGUGCUUCGGAACUGACGCGAGUUUCGAUCAUAGACGAAGAAGGUAAGGAGUUCUACGAAACGCUGGUUCGUCCCGAGAACAAAAUUGUCGACUACGUGACUCAGUUCUCCGGCAUCACGCCGGAGAUAUUGCGAAACGUCUCGAAGACGUUGCGAGAUGUGCAUGUGGAUCUGAAAAACAAGCUGCCACCGGAUGCUAUUCUGGUGGGUCAAUCGCUGAACUUUGAUUUGAAUGCAUUGAAGAUGAUGCAUCCGUACGUGAUUGAUACGAGUAUGCUGUUCAACGUGACCGGAAAGGCCGGCACGAAGACGAAGCUGAAGGUACUCGCCAAGACAUUCCUCCACAAAGAUAUCCAAUGCUCGAGCGGAGGCCACAACUCGAUCGAGGAUUGUCGGGCAUCUUUGGAGCUUGUGAAGCAUAAAUUGUCGAAAGAUAUUUACUAUGGCGAUCAGUGUCUGCUGGAUCGACAGUCUUAUCACAAGAGAGUAAGCAAGAUUGGAAUCGCGACAAAGGAAGAUGUUGAGAGCCUCGGGGUUGCUAGUCCUAACGAGUGUGAAAUAAGCGCGACUUUGUUCGGUCACGCCCGGUCAAGAAACAAAACUUCUUCCAUUGUCACUAACGCUGACAAUUUGGAUAAUUUUCGCAAGUAUUUUGGUGACUCGGUUGAAGCCAACGGAGGAGCGAAGAAGUUGCUGAGCUUCGAGAAACUAGCAACCGAUGCCGCAGUCGUAAACCAAACUGUAGCCACGUGUAUAAACCAUGACUUCAAUUUGUGCUGCAUUCAGCUCAAAGAACAGGAUCUGUCGAGUGGAGAGGCGAAGCGCGCUAAAAUCGAACAGAUUGAUGGCUGGAUUCGAAAUCUGUUCGAUGCACUUUCGACGAACGGAUUGCUAAUGGUGCUGCUGGCCGGCGGAGAAGUUAACCGAGCGAACAGAAUGGCUGUUGCAAUGCUUCAAAUAAGACGGGGUUAGUGAGCAAAAUAUCGUUGUUGAAUUUCUGUUUUGUUGAACGGAAUAAAAAGGAUUUUUAUGAUCUGUUGAAUGAAAA